GGAGCGCAUCAAAGAUUCAGCCUCCGUCUCCAACAGGCAUCCUCUCUCUCCAAUGCGCUUCUUCUAAUUUAAAAUAAUGGCUUGGCUUUGUGUGAUUCAUUACUGCCCAUCCAAGAGCGUAUCCAGCGUACCAGGCAAUAGCUAUUUACAUCAUCUGGGAGUUUUAAAAGUUAGAAGAUCAUCUUUGGUAUGAUACGUUUGGAGUGGACUUAUGGCCGGAUUGCGCAUUGGAGGCUACAAGUUUGAAGUCGAAGCGAGUCUUGGAUAUCAACACGCCUGGAAAUGGAGACUCAACCCCAAACGCCUCCAGAAUGGAUUUAAAUACAAUUCCCCACUCUUCGCCGAACUCGUCUGCGGAUACCAAUGCCACGAACGCACCGAGAUCCCCGCCACAUUCACGGUACGCGGCGGUGUUGAUUAUUCUCGUGGUCACUGUAAUCAUCCUGGUGACCAUUGUGGGAAAUGUAUUAGUCGUGGUGGCCGUUUUCACCAGCCGCGCUCUCCGUGCGCCACAGAACCUUUUCUUGGUCUCUUUGGCAUCUGCUGAUAUUUUGGUGGCCACUUUGGUCAUCCCGUUUUCCCUUGCCAAUGAGAUUAUGGGAUACUGGUACUUCGGAAGGACCUGGUGUGCUUUUUACCUGGCCUUAGACGUGCUAUUCUGCACGUCAUCUAUUGUCCACCUCUGCGCCAUAAGUUUGGACAGGUACUGGUCGGUGACCAAAGCGGUCAGCUACAACCUAAAGCGGACCCCACGGAGAAUAAAGACCAUGAUCAUGGUGGUGUGGGUUAUAUCGGCCGUAAUCUCCUUCCCACCCCUCAUCAUGACAAACCAUAACGAGAUGGAGUGCUUGCUGAACAACGAGACCUGGUACAUCCUCUCAUCCUGCAUGGUGUCGUUUUUUGCGCCCGGUCUCAUCAUGAUUUUGGUGUAUUGCAAAAUCUACCGGGUGGCCAAACAGCGCGCAUCCACUGUGUUUGUGGCCAAGAACGGGAUGGAGCGACAGCCAUCGCAGUCGGAGACGUGCUUCGUGCGUAAAGGCAAGUCGGAGAUGGAGAGUCCAAGCAGCAACAGCUCUGGCAGCCGAGAGCGCAAAGGCGAGCUGGACGAUAUCGAUCUCGAGGAGAGCAGCUUGUCCAACAAACAAAGAAUCUCUCGCUUCACUAAAAGCAGGAAAGGAACACAUCCGUGCCCAAGACAGAAUGGACGUCUGUCAUGGGCAUGUAGCCGCACCUCCGACCUCGAUCAAGAGCCAGCGGCGCGUCAGAUGUCUUUAUCCAAGUCUAAACUGGCGCAGAUGCGCGAGAAGCGCUUUACCUUUGUGCUCGCCGUGGUUAUGGGGGUGUUUGUGCUCUGUUGGUUCCCUUUUUUCUUCACCUACAGCCUUCACGCCAUAUGCCGGGAAAGUUGCACUAUACCGGAUUCUUUAUUCAAUCUGUUUUUCUGGAUUGGCUACUGCAACAGCUCCGUGAACCCUAUCAUUUAUACCAUUUUUAACAGAGACUUUAGGAAAGCAUUUAAAAAGAUAAUGUGCCAUAAUCCUACGCGCUCGUAAAUGUACAUAUAUGUGUGCAGCUGGCGCGUGUGUAGCCUAUAUGCGAACGUUUUGUCUGUGCGCGCGCUCGCACUGGAAAAGGAGAAGCUGCGCUGGAAACUGAAAGCGCGCGUGUUCUGCGUCUUUGUAAAUAUAGCAUUUUAAAGAUCUCUGAAUGUUUUUCUUGCUAUUUGAUUACUUGUUUUGCGUGUAAUGUUUUCAAAAACACAAUUAUUUAUUUACUGUGUCUAACAAAAACACGGGCAGGCGGCUACCUUUGGUUAAAUGUGAAAAAUCAACCCAACAUCACACAUGUCAUGUGCCAUGUUCAAUUACUGUAAAACUGGAAGAAAAUUCUGUUAUUGAAUAAUACAUUUUUAUUUCAUUGUAAAAAUAAGGGCAUAAAAUAAAGUUUUUGAAUUACGUUUUCAGAACCAGUGUUUAUGUGUUGAAAUCAACAUAGAUUAGCUGUUUAAAUACAUAAGCAUUGCCCACUGCCAGAAUGAAUAGAUCAUUUGUCCAUCAUUCUUUACCACUGUCUCUGAUGAAAAAUGUAUUACUGGGAUGUUGCUCUCUCUCAGGAGAUUAGAUAAAGUUCUCAGUUGUGUUUCAUUUAGGCUAAGCAUCAAUUUAGUCUCUGAUAUUCCUCCUGAAAUUGCUGAAGAAAAAUGAACAUAAAAACAAAUAGGACAAUUUAUAAAAUGCCAAAAGAGUUUGGAACUUAAUGUAGAAUUAAAAUGAAUGUAGAUUGUAUAAAGUCAUCUGGUUCAUAAUAUUUGUUUAAAUAUAAUGAUAAUAAUCAAUUAAUAUUUAAAUGAAUAUUGAAAUCUUUAAAGAUAUCCACUGCAGACUUAGCAAAUCUGAGCCCAGUUUGUGACAUUAUUAAGAUCUUUUCUAAAACUCUCAACUUUAUAUCUAAACUUUAUAAUCUUUGUAAGAUUUUUGUUUCUUCCUCAGGUAAAAUAUAUGAGAUGCAGAAGACUUAAAGGUGCAGUGUGUAAAUUUUAGCAGUAUCUAGUGGUGAGGUUGGCUCCGUUCACUGCUCACCCCUCACUUUUAAACGCAUAGAGAAGCUAUGGUAGCCACCACCGGACA